UUGUUCUCCCUUCCCUCGCUCCCUCCCUCCGCCCGCGGCUCGCGUCCUCCCUCCGCUCUCCUCCAUCCCUCCCUCCUUCUCGCCGUCCCUCCCGCUCCCCAGAGCUGAUGUCACGCACCCGCUGAAGGCGCGGGUGAUCAUGGCUGCUGCGGCCGCGGCCGUGCCGCCGGCCUCCAGCUAAUGCCCGCGAUGGAGCCGGCGAGCCUGCUGCGAUUCCUGCGGAAGCUCAAGGAGGUUUUCGACGUGUGCGACGAGGAUGCGGACGGCUUCAUCCGGGUGGAGCACUUCGUCGCCCUGGGGCUGCAGUUCGGCCAAGGGGAUGAGGUGGAAAAACUGGCAAAGUGCUUGGACCCAAAUGAUUUGGGAAGAAUCAAUUUUAAGGACUUCUGUCAUGGUGUUUUUGCUAUCAAAGGCUGUGAAGAGUUACUAAAAGAUGUCCUGUCUCCUGAAAACUCUGGGCCUCGACACUACGAGCCACAGUACGUUGAUUACUAUUACCAGGGUAGCGAAAUCCAGGACUGCACCUACUUGGACAGUGAAAGCGCCUACAGUGAGUCGGAGCUCUUCCCUGAUGACGACGCGAUGACUCUAGCACAGCAAGAAGUUCACCAUGAAUCUGACAUGGACAGUGCUAUUGAGAGCGCCCAGAGCUCGGAGGCCUCCGACGUGUGCCGGAGCGAGGAGAAGGACAGUGUGCUUGGUGGCCUGUUUCUGCCUGGUGACAAGUCAAGUCCUCACAACCCUUCUGCAGCAUCUGACCUCUCAACUUAUUCCACCGCCUCUCUGAUCAGUAAUGAAGAACAGUUUGAAGACUAUGGGGAAGGAGAUGAUGUGGAUUUUACUCCCAGUAGCCCAUGUCCUGAUGAUGAGACCAGAACCAACGCCUACUCUGACCUUGGCUCAUCUGUAUCUUCCAGCGCUGGCCAAACACCCCGAAAAAUGAGGCAUGUUUAUAACAGCGAGUUACUGGAUGUUUACUGCUCACAGUGCUGCAAAAAGAUAAAUCUACUCAACGAUUUGGAAGCCAGGCUGAAAAACUUGAAAGCAAACAGCCCUAACAGGAAAAUAUCAAGCACAGCUUUUGGAAGACAACUCUUCCACAACAGUAACUUCAGCAGCAGUAAUGGCAGCACAGAAGACCUGUUCAGAGACAGUAUAGACUCCUGUGAUAACGAUAUCACUGAAAAGGUAACAUACCUAGAAAAAAAGGUGACAGAACUGGAGAAUGAUAGCCUGACAAAUGGUGACCUGAAGAGCAAGCUGAAACAAGAGAACACACAGCUAGUUCACAGAGUUCAUGAGCUGGAAGAACUAUUGAAAGACCAAGAAACAUCAGCAGAACAGACCCUGGAAGAAGAGAUAAAGAGACAUAGAGAAGCAUAUAGCAAGUAUGAAAAAGAGAAGGGCACUGAAAUUGAACUGCUAAAUACAAGGGUUCAGCAACUGGAAGAAGAAAAUGGUGAGCUGAAAAGCACUGUCACACGACUGAAAUCGCAAACUGAGAGAUUAGAUGAGGAAAGGCAACGCAUGUCAGAUAGGUUGGAAGACACUAGUCUGCGACUGAAGGAUGAGAUGGAUUUGUACAAGAGAAUGAUGGACAAGCUGCGGCAGAACAGACUGGAAUUUAACAAGGAGAGGGAAGCCACACAGGAGCUCAUUGAAGACUUGCGGAAGGAACUGGAGCACUUGCAGCUGUACAAGCUGGAAUGUGAGCGUCCUGGACGUGGGAGAAGCUCUUCAUCCAGCGUGAGCGAAUUCAAUGCCAAAACCAGAGAGGUGGAAAUGGAGCACGAAAUAAAACGGCUGAAGCAGGAGAAUCAGAAACUUCGUGACCAAAAUGAUGAUCUUAAUGGACAGAUCCUAAGUCUUAGUCUUUAUGAAGCUAAAAAUCUCUUUGCAACGCAAACAAAAGCCCAGUCACUGGCUGCUGAAAUUGAUUCUGCAUCAAGAGAUGAGCUCAUGGAAGCCCUUAAAGAACAGGAAGAGAUAAACUACAGAUUGCGACAGUAUAUGGACAAGAUCAUUUUGGCAAUCCUGGACCACAACCCAUCUAUCUUGGAAAUAAAGAACUGAAGAGAAUGUGAGAAGAAAAAGCAGCAACUGCCUGAUAUUUCUGCACAUGCCACUGGAUCUAAACAACACUCUGAUACUGUAAAUUAAUCUAUAAAUAUAUAUAUACACUACGUGUGAGUGUGGGUGCGCGGGUGUGUUUAUAUGAUGUUUGGUACACUGUUAUUUGUCAUUGGAUUGGCUUGGUUAGACUUUUUCCAUGCACUUUCAAUACUUGUGAUAAGAUGGAUACUGUAUAUUAAUGUAAUAACAAUAUAACUGGAUCAUGCUGGUUUAGAUACUGGACAAAAUGACUCUACCUCUAGUUGUAAAGGUAAAAAAGACAAUGGAAACAUAUGGAUGUGGCCCUAACUUUAGGAGCAAGAAUUGUUCUUUCGUUCUUCCAGGAAUUUGGGUACCACAAACCAAUUAGCAUACCCAGGUUCAGUUCCUGACUGGUGCUGACUGUGUAAUUUCCUAUCUGAUUUAGUUUUAGUACUGAAACCACAUAUAAGAUGAUAAAAACAAACUUUGGGGAAAAGGAAGGACACCAAGUAAAAGGGAAGAAGAGGAAGAUAUUGUAGAACUGUUGCUGUUUGUGAAAAAUCACCCUCCACUUGUUUGCCACUGUCAGCACAAAGUGCUUUUUAUGCGAGAUCACUUUGAGGCCUGCUUUGGGAUGCUCUGAGCCAGCCUGCUCUUCAGCGUGUAUGCGCAUGUGUGUUUCUUACGUCAGGGUUCCUGUAGCAAUGAGGCUAAGAAGCUCUUCAAAUCUGUUCCCCUAUUUUCAGGGGUUUAUUGUGGGCCAUUAAGGUGAAUUCUGAGAUCCUUCCCCUUCCCCUCACCCUUAGUUUUAACAAUUUCACUGAAGGAAGACAUUCCAGUUCUUACAAAAAAAAAAAAAUAAAAAAAAAUACUCACUUUAGUGGGACGAGCAGCCCUUGAAAUUAUGUCUUGAGUUGCUUUCCCACCCGAGAUAGACAUUUUAUGGGCAAGCUAUGGAGAGGACUGGCUGGGUCCUAACACAGUGGUGGAGAGAAGUCUGAUGUGGAGUGACUUUUACCUAUAGGGCAGUAAAAAGAAAAAGAGCUUAGUCUUGCAGAUGUUGCCAGUCUAGACUGAGUACACACAUGCAUACCUAAAACUCUGAAUAGGGAACAUCCUGAUUUAGAUGAGCAGUUGUGCAGGUGCUUAACUUUAAAUGUGUACUGUGACUGCUCAUAGAAGUCAGUGGGACAGGACAUAAGCUUUAAAGUUGAGUGAAUGCUUAAAUGCUGCCUUAAAUAGGGGUGGACUUCAACAUGUCCUGUGUUCUCCUGAGUAGGAUCUGUGUACUGUAGGGCUAGGACCUUUUUAAUUAAUAAUGUAGCUUAUAUAAGGAGCUUAUGGAAUUGUUUGGCUAGUUGAAUACUAAAAAAACCCUUUUAUUCCAUGCACUUUUUUUAAAGUAAAAAUUUGACACUUUUAAUUCACACCAACUGGCACAGAAAAAUAGGCCCAAUUAUCUGGCUUUCCCCAGUGCAUAGAGAUGUUUCCUCUAUUGAAUACACUCCCCAGAAGAACGUUACAGUAGAAUGACUGUGCUUUUCUGUGUGUUUCUUGCUGUCUUCUGCCCCUCGUAUUCUCUUGAUGUAUCUUGGUGUGUACAUGUGAUGCGUUUUUCCUGAAUUUGAAUACAUAAACACGUAUUCAUUAUGAAUGUAAAUAUAUUUUUUUUUUCUGCAAUCUCUGUGCUCUUGCCUUCAGUGAUGUGUUACUGGAGUCAUGGGAAGCGGAGAAGUACUGAAAUCAGGCUUUCUUGAAGGCAAGAAAAUAAAACCAGUUUGUUUCUAUGGUCUGCAUUAGGCAGGUGUGAAGUAACUGGAAAGUGAAAAGGACCAGAGGAAUAAUUAUUGGACACAACACCCCAGCACACAAAGAUGUCUCUGAGACUUAAGUGCUCUGGGAGAGAUGGUACAGUCUUGUUCAAACAGUGAUGUCUCGGGGCUGGUUUCCUGAGGCUCUAGGAUAAUCUGGAGGAAGGGAUUUAAAAACUACUCCUUUGUCACCUGGGGCUGGUGUAAAAUGUCCUGUGCUAAACUGCAGCAGCUUCUGUUUGUGGAGAAGCAGGUGGAACACCAUGGACACCGCAUGCAUGCGCCUUUCCCACCUGUAGCUGCUUCUGGAUGUGCUGCCCAGAAGGUAGGAGAGGAACAGUUAAGCCAGCGUGGUGCUACUUACAGUACGCUGCCUACAGGACUCUUCACCUGCACUUUAGUGAUGGCGUGUCCCUCUGCAUGGUGCAUGUGAGUGAAGCUGUUGCAGGUCAGACUGGUAACUGAAUGUUUUCCCCUAAAUAUUUUUAAGUAAACUGGACUUGGCUUCAAAAUGUUAAUAAUCUAAGCCCCAUUCCCAUUAGGUAGAACAUCAGCAAAUGUUGAGGACUGUUUCACUGAGAGUUAUGCUGAGCACUCGGGAAGCAGAGAGCCUGGCUUAUUUCACUGAGACCACAGAGCCCGUGGACAUGAACAGAAGACAGGACUGUAGCAAUAGCCAAGUUUCUGUGCAGGUAAUUAUAUGUAAGAGGUGAACAGUCACAAAUAGUGACAAAUAGUCAUUAAAUCUGGCUGAAAGCGGUAUUCUAGCCAAGGUUAUCCAGCAGUGGAUUUUCUAAGACUUGCCGGACUUCUUGUUUACCUGUGUACCCAUCCGCUUUUAGCAUUUAGAAGCUCUUCCUUGCUCCAGUGUUUGCAUUUGAAGAGUUGCCUUACCACCAUGUUGGUGGUGUUUGUAGCUUUGUUUUAUUGCAUAAAGGAGUUAUACUUCUGCUCCUGUGGUGCCCUUGGUGUAGUGCUGCUUUCUGUUAUUGUUCAAAUACAUAUCCAGGUAGUUGCUAUGAGUUGGAGGUGAGAGAGGCGUUUCACUGGCAGAUACAUUUUCUUCUCUCUAUAUCUACCUACUAAAAAUACUAAUUAGCAAUUGCAUUCUUAGACUGAGUAACUACAGAUACUAGACCAAUUUGUCUUGCAGUCUAAGCCUUGGAGAACCCUUCCAUCCCAGAAGAGUUGUCACGUUUUAUGACAUGCCAGGUAACUCAGUAAUAAGGGAUCACUUGAUGGGUCAUUGGGGAAGAGAGAAGAGUAAUCUGAUAUCGACGCUGCGGAGAGUGUAUGUUUUGAUCAAGUGUCAGACACAUUGGCAGAAUGGACAGGAGAUGUGGGAGAUAGGGAGGCACCAGUUUUAGUGUCCUCUGGUAAAUUUCUUACUACUUUACUGUGGGUUUCCUUUGUGCUCACAGCCAGCUGGGGAACUGCAGGCUGUGUCUGUUACUGUUGGUGGAACAAUGGCUUCGCUUCUCUGGGUAAAUAACAUCAAACACAGAAAUGUGGUAUCAUCGCAUUCUAGCAAUACUCAAACGCAGUGAACAUUGUUGUGUCAAACCUGUGCUUCUCAUUUAACCCUUAGGGGUGCAAACACAAUCCAAGGUACUGUAUCUUGAUCUGCUCCUUAGUUCAUUCUACUGUAGAUUAUGAAAAGCUAAGUGGUAUUACAGUCAAACCAGCUGCAAACCACUGCAGGUAUUUUUGUACAGUGAAAAAAAAAAUUACUUGCUUCUGGCUAGAAGCUGUCCAUCAGGCUAAUCCCACAUACAGCCUGCUGCAGAAAAAAUACCUCUUUCAGAACCUGCACUUAAGAGUACCUGAAAUGUAGUCUCAAGAUUUUUCUAAUGUUGGCUGCUUCCCUCCAGACAUGAACCUUCAGCUGCUGCCUAGUUCUGGUUUUGGAGUGUGAUGCUGAUUCAAAACUACCUUGACAUCCAAGGAGUACUUUUCAGAUUUUUUAAUAACUUCUAUUAAAGACUCAAGCUGUUGAGUUUUUUGUCAUGUUUUGAAGUGCAACAGUGGCAAAUGCAAAUUGUAACCAUCCCAUCUAUUUUUAAAGAGGUUUUAAUAUGCAAAUUUGUAGCAAGUCUAAAAAUAAAUAAUCCAAUACACUUUUGCUGGCAACUUUCCUGUUACAGUCUUGGGAGAAACUCAGAUGUUUCUCAGCCAGCUCUGUAGGGAGUUGAACACAGCGUUAUCAAUUCUGAAAGAUAUGUGUAUCAACAAAUAUUUUGCUGUCUGAAGGCAGCAGUGCUCCAUUUACUUCAGUAGAACUGCAUUACUUUCCAGAAAGGAUUUUGGCCUAUGGUAUUUAGGCUCCCUAAUCUGGUUAGCAAUUGAGGGCUUGGAAGCUAAUAUAUAAACAUACAUUGUGGCCUGCUACAUCAGUCAUUGUUCAGCGGUCUCUGCAUCAUAGUGCUAGUGACAUGUGAUGAAUCGAAGAACUAGAAUUUACAAAUAAAUGAAUACUUUUUUUUUCUUCUUUAAUGGCAGUGAAUAUACAGUGGUUUUCUCUUAAAACAAAUACUGUAUGGUGUGCUCUGAGGGAUUUUUUCCAAGGAAGGAAGGAAGUAGCAGCUGAUCAAACACUUGCCAAAUCAGUGGCUUGGCUUAUAUUGAUUUAAGUGAAAAUUUGACUUAAACUUUAACUGAGUAGUUCCUGAAUUGGUUCUGUUAUAAGUAGCAAUGCUUGUAUUCUCGUUAUGUCAUUUGUUAUCGAGGAACAUUGUCAAAAAGGCAUGACAGGUGAUGUAACACAGCUGAUUUCAAAGCAUAUAGUUCAACAGUUGCUGGCAUUUGGUUCCUUUGCAGCAUCCUCUGAGUUGUUUUCUCACUAUUUUUCAACUCAAAAUAUCGAUCCUAGGAGCAGUUUGCUGUUGAAGCAUGUGGCAUGUCUGGGUUUCUUAUUUAAUGAAAUUCUGCAUGUACCUUUAGAGUUUGAUAAGGAUUGCUGUAGGUGUUUGGUCUGAAUCCUGUGAUCCUGCCUAAUGCACUGGGAGUUGCUCUCAUGUGCAAGAGAGUUGUUUCUUUGUGGGAUUCUUCCCCAGUAUAUGUUUGCUGACAUUUGCAUCCUCGGUCUUGUCCCCAGCCACUGUGCCCACUAUCAGAGUGUCUGUGUACCUUGGAGCAGCCACUUUGAGCAGAUGGGAGGAUCAGUUUGCUUAAGUUUGGCUUUAGCUACUGCAGCAAAGAAUUUUAGCCCUGUCUUUAUACCAGGCCAGUUCUGUCUGUGCGUUUUGUGUGGUUCUGAAAACAAUUGGUGUCCCAUCUAUGUGGCAAAAUGUUGUAGCCGAAUCUCACUGUGUGGAAGCACAUGGGGUGAAUAAUCCUGAAGUCCAUCCAGGUAAGGGAUCAUUGGGAUGUCCCCAUAAGUUUUGCCUUGAUUCUCUGUAGCUAUCCAAUUGCAUGCUGUGCUUGGACACUGCAAGGCACAGCCCUGCUAGCUCAGCCUACUCAGCAUACCUUACAGAUAAUGACAGAAACAUCUGCAGCUAGGGUCACUGUACCAUAGUUUGCCACAGUGUGGAGCCAGCUAACAGGCUACAUUGUGUUCUUAAACUUUUUUUUUUUUUUAGCUUACUGGCUUAAGUCUCCAACUUUUGUUCAACUGCGAGAGUAGUACCUAUCCAAACAUAUAAUGAGAGCGAGGUUACUUUUUACUUAAACUUUAAACCUAAUGAGAACAUAUAUUAACAAACAUGGACUUCUGUGGUAUAGUUUGGAUACCUACCCCUAGAACCUGUAUCUCUCUUUUAUGUAGGUGUUCUUAGUGGUACAACUGUGAUAUCUGAGCUGUCAGCUUUUGCAUCACCAUUCUCAGCAGUGAUACUCACCCUGGCAAGCCUCCGUAAAGCCCGUUGUGCCCUGGUGAAGGGCACAGAGGUGAUUGUUCUGGCAGGCACACGUUCAAUAUGCAGAUGGUAGGGGGUGCAGGAGGGCUGCAGUUACUCUUCCACCCAGACAGAGCACUGAUCUUCUUACACUACCCAGCAUCGGCCCCGUUUUAUUAAAUACCUUAUCUGUAGCUGAAUUAUUCUGGCUUUGGAGAAAGGAAGUCAGAAGGGGAACAAAGAAUAUCAUACAAUGUGAACACUAGUGUGCUACAGGGCAGUAAAUUUUGCACUGAUGUAUGUUUAAAUACUGAGAUAUUUUGAGAAUUACUGUAAAAUCAGUUGUGGGAGCCAUUUGUUUUGCUUUGUUGCUGUACUUAUAUUUUUUGCAUGGUUACAUAUUUUAGUACUUGUGCCUUUUACUUCUCUGUUGUGAAGAAUACAUUUUAUUUUCACAUUGUAUCUCCCGUUUGGGGCACUUUUUAUAUACACCUUUUCAUUUGAUCUUCAUCUCUGGUUUUCAUGUAAUGUACAUGUGUAUAUAUAAAAUAGAUCAGAUUUGUAUUCAUGUGCCUAUGAGAUGUAAAAAAUACUCAUUUUGUACAGGUUUUUUUAGAAGCACUAGGUCAUGGUCUAAAUUACGUAGCAAAUGAAAUUUUACAUAAUUAGCGGUUCUUUGUCUUCUUUUAGAAAUGUUGUGUCAGAUGGCUGGUCUCUUUUGUAAGGCAAUGAAUGUCACACACACACACUCCCCAGAUUUCUUGUUCAAGUGUUGUUAUGAGACGAUUUCCAUCCACUUGUUGGUUUUGCUUAAUUCAAAACAAUAAAACAGCUAACUAAAAGUUACAGUCCUAA